UUGGAAUUUGCCAUGUUCAAGUUCUGCCCCGAGUGUGGCGUCAAGUCGACGGCCGCGAGCUCCAAGUUCUGCUCCGAGUGUGGCUUCCGGUACGAGGCGACCGGUGGGCUGCCGCCGGCGGCGCCGGCCAAGAUGCUCGAUACGAGCUUCCAGCCGCCGCCGCCGCCACCGCCGCCGAUGGCCAUGCCCGUCUACAGCGACAUCCCGCAGGCGCGUGUGGUCAGCAUCGUCGUGCCCGCCGCCGCGACCGGCGCCGAAGCCCAAGCGCUCUAUGGCCAGUGCCUCGACACGAUCCGCAGUGCCAAGGGCGGCAGCAACGAGGCCGGUGUCCGCGCCUUCAAGGACAACUGCCGCGCGUACGGUCUCGGCGAGAUGAACGCAUCUGCGUUCCAUAGCUCGCUCGUGAAUGAGCUUGGCGGCUCCACGACGUCGGCGUUCUUGCCGCAGCUUGUGCGUCUCAUUCCGGACGAAGGCAAGCGCCGCGCCUUGCUCGAGUUCGACCAGCAGGCGCUCGGCGGCGACCGCGACUCGCUCUUUGGCGCGCCCACGUCCACCAACUCGAUCUCGUCGCGCUCGAGCUGGGAGAGCAACCCGGACACAGCGCAGUUCUCCAACUCGAAAGUGAACCCGAAUGCCAAGCCGGGCAUGCUCAACAGUCGCUACGCCGACCACCCGAACUGUGAUAUCUGCAACGUCUCGUUCACUGUGACGAACCGCCGUCACCAAUGCCGCUCGUGCGGGCUCUUUGUCUGCAACUCGUGCUCGCCCAUGAAGCUGCUCAUUCCCAUGGGCCAGCAAGUCCCGGGCGCCAAAGGCUACUCUGUGAGCGAGCCCCAACGCGCCUGCAUUCAAUGUGCGCCGCGCUUGCACCCGCUGCAAGACGAGCUGAUUCAACAAUAUGGCAGCUUUCAGAAGGACAACGAGCACAAGGCAGCCUUCCGCAUUCACGCCCCGUACAGCUCCAACCUGGAGAAGGAGUGCCGCAACGCCGCCGAUAUCAUUGGCAACUUUUUCCGAAACGAGUGGGGCGCCGACCAAGACCGCCGUAUUCCCGUAACCUUUCUCGAGAAGGCUCAAGGGCUGGCGAUCAUGACGGUCCUCCGCGUCGGCUUUCUUGUCUCGGGCUCGGCGGGCACUGGCCUUGUCGUGAGCCGUCUCCCGAACGGUCAGUGGAGUGCGCCGUCGGCCAUUGGCACCGUGGGUCUCUCGGGCGGCUUUGAGAUUGGUGGCGAGCUUGCUGAAAUCAUGAUCAUUCUCGGCUCGCAAGGCGCUGUCAAGGUCUUUGAGAAGCCCCAAGUCAACGUCGGUGCGGGUCUCGACUUAACCGUCGGGCCCUAUGGUCGUGCGGCAGCGGCCGCCGCCGCCGUCGGGCCCGCCGGUCUCGGAGCCAACUACAGUUACUCGCACAGCCGCGGUUUGUACGCGGGUAUCUCGCUCACGGGCACGGUGAUUGCGGCGCGCAAGGACCUCAACACCAAAUUUUACGGUCGCGAAAUCGAGCCCGGGCUCAUCUUGAACGGCACGGUCGAGCAACCGAACGCGGCGCGCCCCUUGUACGAGGCGCUGGAGCGCGCCAUGCAGGGUGUUGAAGAACACAAGAUGCAAGAUGCGCGGCGGUCGGAGAUUAUGGGGAGCUGCCGGUCGUGCGGCUGCCCGCGGUUUGUGCCGCACACGGCGCAAGUCUGGAACAAGAACUGCAAAACGUGCAAGCACAUUCACUAAGGCGUGACAACAGUAGUAUAUAUAAGUGUAUAUAGACAUGCGUUGUCGACUCU